UUCCGCUUCCGGCAGGUGGAGGCGGGUCGGGCAGGAAGCUGCGGCUAGGGGACUAGGCUGGGCCAUGGCUGCGAACCUGAGCCGAAACGGACCGGCGCUGCAGGAGGCAUACCAGCGCGUGGUCACCGAGAAGUCCCCGACCGACUGGGCUCUCUUCACCUACGAAGGCAACAGCAAUGACAUCCGCGUGGCUGGCACUGGGGAGGGCGGCCUGGAGGAGAUGGUGGAGGAGCUCAACAGCGGGAAGGUGAUGUACGCAUUCUGCAGGGUGAAGGACCCCAACUCCGGCCUGCCCAAGUUCGUCCUCGUCAACUGGACGGGGGAGGGCGUGAACGAUGCGAGGAAGGGCGUGUGCGCCAACCACGUCAGCACCAUGGCCGGCUUCCUGAAGGGGGCCCACGUGACCAUCAACGCGAGGGCUGAGGAGGAUGUGGAGCCCGAGUGCAUCAUGCAGAAGGUGGCCAGGGCCUCAGGUGCCAACUACACCUUCCACAGAGAGAGCGGCCGCUUCCAGGACACAGGCCCCCAGGCUCCAGUGGGCUCUGUGUACCAGAAGACCAACGCCGUGUCUGAGAUUAAGAGGGUUGGCAAAGACAGUUUCUGGGCCAAAGCAGAGGAGGAGGAGGAGGAGCGCCGGGCCGCGGAGAAGCGCCGGGCAGAGCAAGAGCGGCAGCGGCUGGAGCAGGAGCUGCGGGAACGGGAGCUGAGGGAGGCCGCCAUCCGGGAGCAGCGCUACCAGGAGCAAGGCCAGAGCAGGAAGUAUGAGCAGCAGGAAGUGGUUUCAAGGAGCAGAGAGGAGCAGGAGCCUGCUCAGCAGUCGGCUCACCCACAGGAGAUUUUCAAGCAGAAGGAGAGAGCCUUGUCUACCACAGCCGCUUCUGGCCCCCAGCCAGGCAAACUGAGGAGCCCCUUCCUGCAGAAGCAGCUCACUCAGCCAGAGAACCCCCUCGGCAGGGAGUCAGCUCACGCCACCUCAAGGCCCAGAGCAGGCCUCCAUGAGGAGCCGGCGCCCAGCCCCCCUGCUGGCUUGAUACAGGCAGAAGAGGAGGCUGUGUAUGAGGAGCCUCCAGAGCAGGAGACCCUCUACGAGGAGCCCCCAAUGGAGCAGCAGCCAGACGCCGGCUCUGUGCACAUGGGCCACUACCCUGGGUCCAGUGGGAAGGGGCUCUGUGCCCGGGCCCUAUAUGACUACCAGGCAGCUGACGAGACCGAGAUCUCCUUUGACCCUGAGAACCUCAUCACGGGCAUCGAAGUGAUCGAUGAAGGCUGGUGGCGCGGCUAUGGGCCUGACGGCCACUUUGGCAUGUUUCCUGCCAACUACGUGGAGCUCAUUGAGUGAAGGCCUGCCUCCCCCACGCCCAUGGGGCCUCGUGGCUGGAGGAGGCAGCCGUGAUGGCUGCACACAACACUCUUCCAGGAACAGGCCUCAGAGGCAGCAAAAACCUGGACACCCCACACACGCUUCCCGAAGUCCCAGCCAGCGGGGCACCUGCCUUUUUCCUGUUCCUUGAAGCCACCACUGUCAAACCUGGGGACUGUCGACUUAGCAGUCUAUGAGCAGAGUCAGGGUCAGGCUGCAGGAGCUGGUCUUCCUAGGCCCUGCUCGGUGCUCUGGCUGCUCUGUUGCUCUGCAUGGGCUGUGGGCUGUGUGUGGCAGGACAUGGACAACCGGGCCCGUCUGGGUGUGGAAGCACUCUGGCCUGCUGUCUCCCCCAGCUCCUGGCCCACCACCAUGCUCAGGUCAGAACUGCCCCACACGGGCCCCAGCUCGGAUACGCCCUGUUGUAGCCUGACAGACCCAUGGGAAUAAGCCCUUCCCAGUGUCUGGUAGUGGAGGUGGGGUGUGUGUGUGCACGCACACACGCGCACAAGUAUGCACCACCCCGGCCUGGCCAGCUGCAGUCACCUGAGAGGCAUAAAGAUUCAGAUGUGAGUGA